AUGCCGCCGCUUCGGGCCUGUUGCUGCACUGAACACCAGGGCGAGAGCAUGCGGAAGAGACCCGUUCACCCCGCCCAGCUCCUUAUGACUCUACCAAUCUCCCAGUGGCACCAAGUGGCAAGGCAGGCUGACAACCAAGCCUUCGACGCGUGGGCCUCUAGAGACACCGAGAUUGCAAACCACACCAAGGUGUAUCAGAAUGCCCUUCCCUGGACCCUGGGCACAGGCCACAAGCCACAAUUCAGAGGCCUCCAGGGUCCCCUCCUGGAUAAACCAAUCCCACUGCCCUCUGCCAGCAAGGCAGAAAAAGAGGGGUUUUCUGUCUGGAAUGCUCAAGAGCAAAGGGCAAGCUCAUCAUUGCCCCGUUUAGAUCGCCAGCCACUUGUGGGGUCCUGCCAUGCCUCAACUAUUCAGAAGCCCCUAACGAUAGUCUACAGCACCUUGGGAACACCCCACAGCAUUGAGAGCCUCAAGAAGAGCACACAGUACCACGAGCCAGAGGCAUGCAGUAUCUCCACCCUGUCGACCAGCGGCUAUGUGGCCGAUGAAGAGAGCAGCAAGACCAGCCUGAUUAACAGCAAGAAAAGAGUGAAACCGACUAAGCGGAUCACUCCCCAGGGGGGCAGCAACCAGAGCAGCAGACUCUUCACCACCUCCCCUCCCGGCGGCGGCCCGUUAAAGAUCCAAAGACAGACCAGCAGAGGCCAGAGCACCCAGCAGGCUGGAGGGGAAGAGUGA